UUUUACUCCGUAAUAAUUACUCCAUCCGUCCCAUAAAAUUCUUCCCAGAUUCUGUUUUUGGGUCGUCCCAAAAAAUUCUUCCCACUUAUCAUUUUUGGACAAUUUGUGUGGUUCACAUUCAUUUCACCCUUUUUCUUACACAACUACAAUCAUACAUUUCCACUUUAUUUCACUUUCUAAAUCUCCGUGCCAAGUCAGUGUCCCCAUUCUAUUUAAUUACUCCUUAUUUAGCAAAAUUGUUACUCGGCCGGCCCAUAUCUCUUUCAAUUUUCAAAUAAUCCCGGAUCAACAAAAUAUAUACCCUGGAACUGAUUACGGCGGCAUGAUAAUGGUGACGAGGUCUAUUGCUUUUCUGAGCAUUCUUCUUCAUUCAUCUUUCUUCGCUGAUGGGAAUCUUGACCCAAAUGACUUCUCUGCUCUGCGCGCGAUUCAUAGCAAAUUGGCUGAUUUGGAAGGAUCCAACUUUUUUAGUUCCUGGGAAUUUAAUGCUUCCGACCCCUGCUACUUCAUCGGCGUUUAUUGCAAAAAUGCCGACAACGGCAGUAUUAAGGUCUUUGAGUUAGAUCUCGGUGAACAGAGUGCCGGGUCGCCUGGUUUGACUGGUCGGCUUGACCCGGCAAUUGGCAAUUUAUCUAGCCUUGAAUCGUUUACGGUGAUUCCCGGGCAGAUAUACGGUGCAUUGCCGGAAAGUCUCUCGCGAUUAGUCAGGCUGAGGUUUCUUGCAGUCGCCGGGAACUAUAUCUCCGGGGAGAUUCCGGCUUCUCUAGGCCAGCUCAGGGCACUACAGACGCUCGAUCUCAGCUUCAAUCAGAUCAACGGGAACAUUCCUCCGGCAAUAGGAUCACUGCCGGCGCUGAAAAACGUCUUCCUCCAUCACAACGAUCUGUCCGGUGUGGUCCCUGCUUUCGUCUCCACGGCUCUGUUCCGGCUUAGCCUCGAUCACAACGAUCUUUCCGGUCCUCUCCCGCUCAAUGCUUUACCUCCAUCGCUUCAUUCCCUUUCGUUAUCAAGAAAUCGGCUGAAUGGAACUCUGACCGGGACACUUUCCGGUUUAUCCGCUUUGAACUUUCUUGAUCUCAGCUUCAACCAGUUCACCGGCGAAAUCCCACCCGAAGUCUUCAGUUUUCCAAUCACCAGAGAUCUUCUACUCAACAGAAACAAUUUCUCCGGGAAAGUUGUACCGUUUUCCCCGGUGAGGAUCCCAACCGUUGACCUCAGCUACAACGGUUUGUACGGUGAUAUAUCUCCCCUGUUUUCCGAUGUACAGAAUUUUUUCGUCAGCAAUAACCGAUUCAUGGGUGAGGUCCCGAAUGAAUUCGUGGACGGGAUUCUUUCAGGUAAGAUACUUAUUCUCUAUUUGCAGCAUAACUUCCUCACCGGAAUCCAAAUAAAUGCGGCGGAUCCUAUUCCGGCGAACGUAUCUUUGUGUUUGGUGUAUAACUGUAUGGUUCCGCCGGUGGCAACCGCUUGCCCGUUGAAAGCCGGGAAUGUGAAGUCGAGGCCGACAGACCAGUGCAAACAAUGGAAUGACAAAAUAGAAAGUCUUGAUUGAAGGCCAGAAUAGGAAAUUCACUUGAUUGUGUUGGUGUAAUAAUGAUACGGAGUAUAAAACAGAGAAAGCCAUGCGGAUGUUCGAAACUGCACCGGCCGUGUGAAGGUCACACAACCUGAAAUAAGAAUGAGUCUCUGAUGCGCACGGGUAUAAGGUCUACCAUCAUUGGGCCGACUGAGUCACCGUGAUUAACAUUCUCUCAAAAAUGUUGUCAGGUCGGAGUAUGGAGCUCCUAGGGUGGGAGACUCUACCUUUUUGACCAAGAGAAAGCCAUGCAAAUGUUGAUGUGGGUUUUGCAAUUUUCCAUGCAUAGAUGCACAAAUCUAUUGGAGUUUUAGACAUUAUUUGCUUGAGAUGAAGAGAAGAUGAUACUACUACAUCGGUAAUCGGUUCUCUUUUAAUUGCAACAUUGAACUUUUUGCACUAUUCGCAUGUUCUACUCUGAAUAUAUUUUAUUAAUUAAUGUAUUAUAAAUUAAAUUUAUAAAAAAUAUUGUUAAACUCUUCUCAUUCUAAAUUUUCAAAUUAUGAUUUUUUUAAAUUUUUUACUAAUAAGGAAUGAAAGAUAUUAAUGGUCAAACUUGUGUGUUGGCAAACGUGAAAUGUUGACCGUUGUAAUUAAAAAGGAACAGAGGAAGUAUGUGAUAAAAAUGAAAGUUGUUGAAAAUUGCUUGUAUUAAUUAUGUACUUGUAUUUGUAAUGUUUGUCUUAACUCAAGAUGGAUUUGUAUUAUGAUUGUUCUAUGAAUUUUAAUUGAAUCAAUUAAUAUGUGUGGUGAAAUGUGAAAAUUUAUUUGCUACAACUUUAUAAGAAUGAAGUACGG